AUGAUUACAUGUCCGAUGCCUGGUUCGGUGUGUCGUGUGCUUGUGAAGAAUGGGGAGAAAGUGAAAAAGGGGGAUAUUGUGGUCGUCAUUGAGGCGAUGAAGAUGGAGCACUCGAUCACGGCGCCACGCGAUGGGGUUUUGGAAAUCGGAGAGCUGGCAGAGAAGCAGUUUUUGAAGAAAGGGCAGUCAAUUUUCCGAGUUAUUUUUUAUGUUUGUUGGAAAAGAGAGAGAUAA